GCAAGACCCCAACACAGCCCAUGUAUGUAUGGUGACUUGAAAGGGUAGGUGUACGUACUCGGUUAUAUCACAGGCGACUCGACUCGCCUCCAGCAUGCAUUUCCAGAAGGUGGCAUGGUACCUGGUUUUCGUGUGCACUUACGUGAUGCCUGCAGCGGAGAGCUGUGUGGGUCAUGUGGAGUUGGCAGCCACGGUCCAGCAGGCCAGCGUUUUCUCCACCAACUACCCCAGCAGCUAUGGCAAUGGAGCAUCCUGCAGCUGGAGACUGUAUCCCACGACGACAGGUUCCCGCGUAUACGUCGAGGUAGUCGACGUGGACCUGGACGACACACACGGCAUCUGCAGUGACAACCUCACCAUGUACGACGGGACUGACACUGGGGGGAGGCUGUUGGAACGACUCUGUGGAAGAUCUGCCCCUACCCUGGUGAAGUCAGAGCCCGGGGGGUCCAUCUACAUGUCCUUCACUACUGACAGUGCGAGGGUGGGCCGGGGAUUCGCUCUCAGAUACUGGGAGGUGAAUGAAGGAGAUCGUGGUGUGAACUACCCCAAGUGUAUACCCGGCACGGUGCAGAGGGUGGAGAUCGGUGCCACACCCGUACGGCUGGAUCUACCCGACUACAGUGCAGGGUGA